GUUCAUAUGAUCUAGAUCUAGAUAUUAUCUAGAUCGUUAGUGACUGUGCUGCUAGCAACAAUUUCAUUCCGUUUUUUUUACCAACCUUUGCGGACACCUGUUGUAUUCAAAGGGUGUUGCGCGUUGGUAAACCAUCAGUUAUUAUGCGCUCUGACACUCAAACGAAUAGAUAACCUCAAUUCAUUUACGAACGCACCCGGCCGUAGUCGGUUUUCUCAAAGUUGCUGGGAUGCCUCGUGCAUCCACUUAUAUCAGAACAUUAACAGCCUAAACAUUACGAAACUUAUAUAAGAUCAAAUAAGCCUCAAAUAAUUCGACACUAUCAUAGACCUCCAUAUUAAAAAGGGUUUAUCUCACGCAAGCAGAUUUUGGGCGGAGUAAAUUCUCUCUCCAUAGGGCUGGACCAUACGAUAUAAGUACACCUGACCUGCACGCUUUCCCGAAUUUAAUAGACUGCACAAGACCAAAACAAAUUAAAAGGCUGUCUGCAGUUGGUUAGUUAGCGUCGAUUCAUAGCUACGAAAACUCCGACAAAAGCCCUCAUAUGUCAACAUCACCACCGGGAAAUUUCAACAUGAACGUUACUUUCUGCCCGGCUGGAAGUGUAGGAGUUGGUGGGCUCAUAUAGGAUCAAACUGAACUGUUCGUAUCAGACAGAACCCUGGUAUGGUACCAAUAUACAUUUUGAUGCUGUUCAUGUGAUAUGUAUUCUACUUAGCUACUAUCCACUAACGAUAGUCUGCUCAUCAAUGUUGGGCUAGCUAGUUAACGUUAGCCUAGCUUUCGUUAGCAUGGCCAGCUAGUCGGUCUGCUGAUGAAAUGGGUCACACAGACACAGCGGUUAAUUAGCUAGAUCGGAGGGAUCAUUUAAAAGUCGAAUUGUUCUCUUCAAUGAGUGUAUAUUUUGGGGACAUGAUUUUUAUACACUGGAUAGUGGAUAUGCUUGGUGGUGUUGGUGUUGUUGAUUCAAUGUCGACAUGCUCCACUAAUUUACCGGUGCUGUAACAUGUUUGUAGGUAACGUUACUGGCAACGCGCUAGUCUGUUAGCAAGCUAGAUGCCUAUGUAGUUAGGUAACUAACAAGGUAUCGGUGACCGCUCAUCUGCUCCGGACGCCCAAAACUGGGAGAAAUAAAAGUAGUCGCAUAGUUUUUCGUAAAUCAUGAACAAUUGCGAAUACCAACAAAUCGACCCGCAGGCACUUUCAACGCCCACUCCAACCCCGACCCUGCCGCCGCGACCCGCAGUUGAAGAGGAAAGGACACGGAGAAAAUGGGAAGUUUUCCCCGGCAAGAAUCGCUUCUACUGCGAUGGACGGUUCAUCGUGGCUCAACAAAGCGGUGUCCUACCACUCACCCUCGGCCUCAUUCUGGUCACCACCGUACUGUUCUUUGUAUUUGACUGUCCCUUCCUGGUGAAGCACCUGACUGUGUUCAUCCCAGCGAUUGGAGGAGUGCUGUUUGUGUUUGUGGUCACCUCUCUCCUGCAGACCAGCUUCACUGACCCUGGCAUCCUGCCCCGGGCCACGCCGGACGAGGCCGCAUACAUUGAGAAGCAGAUCGAUGACUCUGGAUCUUCCACCUACCGACCCCCUCCCCGCACCAAGGAGGUGAUGAUCAACCAGCAGGUAGUGAAGCUCAAGUACUGUUUCACCUGCAAGAUGUUCCGGCCACCGCGCACCUCCCACUGCUCCCUCUGUGACAACUGUGUGGAGCGAUUCGACCACCAUUGUCCCUGGGUGGGGAAUUGUGUUGGGAAGAGGAACUAUCGUUUCUUCUACUCCUUCAUCGUCUCUCUGUCCUUCCUGACAGCCUUCAUCUUCGGCUGCGUUGCCACACAUCUAGCACUGAGGGCACAAGGAGGGAGAGGCCUUAUUUUUGCUCUUCAGGAGAGUCCAGCCAGUGCUGUGGAGCUGGUGAUUUGCUUUUUUUCAGUUUGGUCCAUCUUAGGCCUCUCAGGCUUCCAUACCUACCUGGUUGCUUCUAACCUGACCACAAAUGAAGAUAUCAAAGGCUCGUGGUCGGGGAAGAGUGGGGCGGAGGACCCCGGUAACCCCUACAGCUAUAACAACAUCAUUACUAACUGCUGCUCUGUACUCUGUGGACCCAUGCCUCCCAGUUUGAUUGACAGGCGAGGCUUCGUACCAGUGGAGGAGUCAUUGCAGACAGUUUCCACGGAGAUGGAGCUGCCCAUGCUGGCUGCUAAGAAGGAGAUAAAUGUGGUAGGAGGGCCCAUGCCGUCCCAGCUGCCCCCCCUCCUGUGCCUUGCAGGUUCCCUCCCCUCUACCUGCAACCCCCCUCAGCCUGACUAGCAGACCCCAGUUUAGUUGCCUGUUCUAACACUGUUUCCUGACUGGCUGUUGUGUAUGGGGUCACCCUCUCAUGACAGUCCCACAGACCAGUGUACUGUAUUACUGUUGGUCAGGAUCCGGUACAGACCAGUGUACUGUAUUACUGUUGGUCAGGAUCCGGUACAGACCAGUGUACUGUAUUACUGUUGGUCAGGAUCCGGUAUUCAGGACAUUUACAUAUGCUGUUUACUACUGACUGUAAAAGACUCUCUGGAAUAAGGAAGUGAAACCGCCUGCUAGGACAUGUGACCUGGGUGUAGCUCAACCGUUAGUUCCUCACGUCAUUCUGUGCCUUAACGUCAUAACCAGGCAACUUGUUGUUUUGUCUUUCAGUGAAAAGGGCCUAGCUUGGUUAGAGGUUUAGCUGUUGUUGUUUUGUGGUCCAGGAGAAACUUAAGUACUAGGAGUUUAUUAGAACAUGUUUGUUUACAAAGUGUGACGGCCUAUUCCAUAGUGUCAGCUGGUAAUGUGUGUGUGUGUGACUGAAUGUCCCAUCACCACCCCCACACAGUCUUACGUUAGUCUGAAGGGUUGGAGAGAGCCACUGUCUGCCUCUUCCAAACCAACAGGCCUUUCUGCUGUUUACACUCAUGCAAUAUACAGACAAGCUAACCUUACCUUGGUUUACUUUAAGGAUACAAGGGCUCAGUCUUGUCUGCUGCGAGUCUGCAUAUUAUAUAUAUUUUUGCACAGAAGGAGUUAGACCAUAGAAGACGAUGUUCAGUAUUUAUACUUUUUAGCAAACACAUGCUGGUAAUGGAAGUGGUUACUGCUGGGAAUGUACCUGUCACAAACGCAUGUCUGUAACCAAGUGCUGUUUUAAUUUGUCUCAAUCUGGACACUGACAUGCAGUUGGCCAGCAGAAAGAGUGGGGGAAUGUUUUAUUGACACACAUGGAGUUGUCUUUGUUUACAGAGUGUGAACACGUAUUUGCCUUUCCUCAAUUUUCUUGUUUGUAUUUUGUAUUUGUCUCUGACGUGAGUCUGUUAGUGUAGUUGUGUGUCAUAGCAUAAUGUAAUGGUCAUGUGACACAAGCUACAUACAUUUUAGUCAUUUAGCAGAUGUUAUCCAGAAUGACUUACAGGAGCCAAUAGGGUUCAGUGGCUUGUUCUAGUGUAUUCUAACCUAGCGGUUAAGAUCUGGUUAUCUGCUGCCCUCUAGCCAGUCAACAUCUCCCUCUUACUGGUUUCUUAUGCUUUUAUAUUGUUUCUCUUUGUUUUAUUUUGCUCUUUUAAAUAUUUGUCAUUUUGGAAUAUAUUAUGUCCAUCUGAAAUGUACUGUAUAAAACAUUGCAUUUUAAAAAAUAAAAUAAAUGCACUUAUUCCCAAA